AUGUCCGUAUACCUGUUUGAAUCAGAUAGUGAUGAGAAAAGCGUAGAGAAACCUCAUGAAUUUGAUGAAUUGGUAGCUGAACACGAAGCACUUAAUGUAAGUCAACCACCAACAGAGCCUGAUACCUUGGAUACAGAGUAUCGUUAUAUCAACUUUAUAUUGGAUCAUUCAGCAUUUGUACGUGGAAUUGGAAACAUCAAGAGAUGGUUUAAUGAAGAAUACAUUAGGGCCAGUUACAAGCAUAAUUCUGGAGACAAGAUCAAAUUAGUCAUUCACAUUCCCACCUACACCUUACAUGAAUUUGAUUUCGUGAAGAAGGGUAAUACAAUGAUUGCUACUAAUGCUCGAGAGGCCAUAAAAUUCAUUGACAAAUUCGUCAACGACGAAGAAGAGAACACAACGAGAGUAAUCGAUAGUAUGGAAUUCAAUUGUUCACUCGACAUUGAAGUGCCCAAUGCACGCAGUGGUCCAUCGUGGAAUGAAUGUUUGAACUAUAAGAUAUACAGACCACUCGUUAGGGAGUUUCCGAAUUUCAAGACCAAGUUCGACUCCAAUCUUCUUGGGCAAAAUUCGGCACAUCAGUUGAACAACAAUAGAACAACUAACAACCAAAAUCAGUUGAACGAUAUACAAUAUGAAAACUCCGAGUCGUAUCAAAACGCAUUGGCGCAUUCAGAUUCGCCUGCUGAGAUGCCCGACAGAUUGAAGUAUUUGAUUAAGUCUUGCAUUCUGAAGUUGAAAUCCAACAGACUGAAUUACAAAACUAAUGACCAUUGGAGAUUGGUAACCGAAGAUCCAAUUACUAAAAUUUGGGCUAUUAGUUUUGGAAUUGAAUGUAUGAAUAUUAACGAAGCUGAACUUUUCAUAUUCCAGGAUUAUGAUAUCAAUGCCCAAAAGAAAAGCAUUGAUCCACAUUUCCAGUACAAUGACGAUAAUGAGAAAGGGCCAAAAGGUCCGAAUAGCAUAUUGCAAAACACAAUAGACACGACUGUAUACGAGUACACCACUACUAAUGAAGAGGACAACAACAACACUAAGAAUGUGAAAAGUAAGAAGAACGGAUCAAAAGAGAAGUCCAAGGAAGCUGAGAAAAAGGAUGCCAAUAAGAAGGAUACCGGAAAGAAAAAGAAGAACCUGCAGAAAGGAAAGGUAAGGGACCAAGUGAGCCAAGGUGAAAGUGCUGAAGGUCUUGUACACGAGGGAACAGGGGUGUACGGAGGAAUUGUCAAGAAAGAAAGAUUCAAUGCGAUCAACUACGCACCAAGAGGAUCUGGAGAAUUAUGGAAACCAUGA